AGCUGUGCUGCUGCUGGGGACAGAGGCUCUCCAUUGUCAGCAAGAGCAGAGCAGCUGUCAGGGGCCAGGCCGGGUCCCUGGGGCGGUGGUGAGGGGCCCCACCGCAGGACGGGUGUGAGGAGCUGUCACUGACUCUUCUGGGGGUGUGUGUGGGGGUGUCCCCUUCUGCUGUGGCUCAGGUGCAAAGGGGGGGCUGCCCCAGCCCUUGCAGAGGGGGCACACAAUGAGCUCCCAGGAGGAUCAGUUCCAACAAGCAGCCCCUGCCCCAGCUGCCUCUUCGGCGGACGAUGGCAUGACCUGGUGGUACAAGUGGCUGUGCAGGAUCGCCGGUGUCAUCGGGGGCGUGUCCUGCGCACUUGCUGGCCUUUGGAACUGCGUGACCAUCAACCCCCUGAACAUAGCAGCUGGGGUGUGGAUGAUGUUAAAUGCCUUUAUCCUGUUCCUGUGCGAAGCGCCAUUCUGCUGCCAGUUUAUUGAAUUUGCAAACGCGGUGUCUGCGCGGGCGGAUAAGCUGCGGCCCUGGCAAAAAGCUGCCUUCUACUGUGGGAUGGCCGUGUUUCCAGUCAUACUCAGUCUGACGCUGACCACGUUACUGGGAAAUGCUAUCGCUUUUGCAACAGGAGUGCUGUACGGCUUGUCGGCGCUUGGCAAGAAAGGGGAUGCCAUUUCCUAUGCAAGAAUCCAGCAACAGCAGAAGCAAGCGGAUGAGGAGAAGCUAACAGGGACUCUGGAGGGGCAGGCGCUGUAGAAUUCCCUCCUGGGUGACCUUCCUGUGGAGCCACAUCCUGCCGACAGUGAGACUUUAAAAACGCAGUGGAAAUCCGUUCUGACACGAAUCUGAUCACUCUUCUAUCAAUUCCUUGGGGAACUUUCCAAACACUGCAGCAACUAGAAUUCCAAGGGGCAAGAGGUGACACUUUGCUCUCCAAAAUAACCUCGAAAGAGCCUCACAUGGAGGCGUCUCAGUCUGUGAGUAUUGCACAUUGCAACCGGAAGACGCAGGUUUCACUGGGAAGAAGCCUCUUGUGUGAUUAGCUGCCCUGCCCAGCCCAGGUUAUACCCAGCACCAAAGAUCUGAAAAUCCCUUUUUGCCACCAGGGGUGUGUGACUUAAAUCUCAGCUGACUCUUCAAGUGCUGCUUAGCAAAGCCGAUGGUAUGUACCCAUUCCUCAGCAAGGUCCCUGGUUCACCACGGGGGAUUGAGAUGUACAGUGGGGUUUUUGCUGGCCAUGAUUUCACUUGGGAGCUAAUCUGGGCAUUGCCUGAGAAGAGCUGGAAGAUGUACCUGGAGCCCUGCGUUCUGGAUACCUGGCUUCUGGAAGGUGAAUUAGGAACACUGGGCAAGCUCGUACCCUCCCAGCUGAGAUGCUCUCCCCCAUUUCCAGAGGGCACUAUGGGGCCAGUUUCUGGUCCCACUGAAGUGAUUGGGAAGUUGCCUAUUGGCCCUGACAAAAAGUCUGGCUUUUUGUGCACUACAAGUCUUCAGUGGUGCUCUGUGGUACAGAUUUUUAAGGGUGUCCUAUGCUAAUCUAGGGGUUAAUGAUAUACAGUAGUGCAGAUGGCUGAAUAGAUUGGGUUAGGAACUAAUUGAUCCUUGGUGUUGCUUUAUUUUAGGGUUUUAGAUUAGGGGCAGUUAGGUCAGGAAUUACUGCCAUGUAGCGAAACACCUUUGACAGCACAAAAGUAACUUAAGACAAUAACAAACCCUCCAGAGACCUGAUCGGAAGCCCACAGAAGUUAAUGGAGAGACUCCCACGAUCUUGAAUGGAUUUUGGAUCAGGUCCUAAUACGUGUAGAGCACAACCUCCACAUCCCUCUGCGUAUAGCUGCAGGCAGCGGCUGCGUUGCACAGAGGACUUGAACCAGAUCAGCUCCUCAGUUUGCCUCCGUAGGGAUUUUUUUUCCCUUUUCCUGUUACCACUCACCCUUUCACUGGAGGAAAAGGGGAGUAAGAAUUUCUUUCCCUCAGCAGAAAUGAUGGUAACAUUCCUUGAGCUGAGCAGGAUUUUGCUGGUCCUGUCCAUUUAAACGGUGACAUAGGGUAACUGGUAUGAAGGAAGGUCCCUUGCUCAGGUGCCCAGAUUCUGAUUUGGAAUCUUAAACCUCCUUAGGUGCUCUUUCUCCUACUGCCUCUCCAUGCAGCGUCAGUACCUACGGAUGUGGGACAUAGUCUUUUUUUCUGUCCCGCGCCGACAUUAGCAUUUAGGCUCAUGCCAAAAAGCAGGUGGUUUGCAGCCCCCCGUAUUGCUGCUGCGUGGGCAGGUGGCACGCUUUCCCCUGCAGCGUUGGGAUGCCUCAGCUCUGGGAAGCGUUCUACGCUGCAUCCGCCUGUUAAAAUUUGCUUAGGAUUCUCUAAGAUGAACCAACUCACUUUAUACCAUGGAAUUUGUGUCCUGCUCUAAUAAUGCUUUCGCGUCCCCCACCCCCUGCCGCCGGCCUAUCAUCAUGUGUCGCUGAGAGGAUAGCCUGGCAGGUUGUAGUGCUCUUGCACAGAGUCAGGUGCAUUCGUUGCAUCCAGCAGCAAGGACACUGCCAGCCCACUCCAGCUCAUAUUGUUCUCCCCUAGUUAACUUUUCUGUCCCAAGUUGCUGCUACUUUAAAGAGGCCGUGCUCGCGAAUGGACCCUCUGACUAGUCCAACUAGACACUACAUACUGUUUGCAGCUGUUGCCUCCCCUAGCAUGCUUUGUGACGGUUUGAUUUCCUUUUAAACUGUGAAAGUAAAGGCCUCAUCCUGUCCUGGAGCCACUAGACAAAGUGCAGAUAAAAAUAACAUUAACUCUAACCUGGUGCCUUGGAACUUGAGCCCAGAUUCUGCGCUCUGAGUAAUCCAGAUUAAUUCCACUGAGCUCAGCGGGUGACUCUGGAGUUACACUGGUUUAGCUGAGAGCAAAAUGUGGCUCUUAGCUCACAGAAGAAAAAGGCGACAUAAUAGCUUUGUGGGUUUUAACAAGCUAUAACUGUACACUACACUUGAGAAGUCUUACACAUCCUACAGGUGUAACCAAAUGAAUUCAACUGUUCGUCAUCACUUCCUGUUUUACCCUGCCGCUGUGCACUGUUAAACUGCUGCCGCGUGCUACCCCAGAGGUGGCUACAUUUUAAAGCAGGGCUUGAGGAUUCUCGGUGGUGCAGUUUUGGGAUCUUCUUGGCCGGGAAAAAAAGAGGCUCUUUAGUAAUUAGUAUGCAUCAUACCCGCUUUCUACUUGGGCACACAGGCUCUGAUCCUGCUCCUGUUCAGCUCAGUGCUGAAACUCCCAUUGACACUGUGGUGUAGGAUCAAAUCCACAUUCACCAGUUUUGUACUGGAUGGACUACAGAACUCGCUUCUUCUAUAGAACAUUCUACAUACACAGUGCCCUGAUCGCAUUCUCUGUUUGAUUCUCUUCUGCCGGGUAUGGAUCAUUCUCUGAGUCCACUUCCCUCUUUUCUCCACACUGACCCCUACACUGUCUUCUGAUCAUAGGUUUACACUGGAUUUAUGGUUUUGUUUUACACUGUUGCUUUUUGUUCUCGUUGAAAAGUGGAAGAAUAAUUUAUUUUGGGGUAUUUAAGUAUUUCUGCUGGGACUGUUCUCACUAGACAUAGAAGGAAACACUAUUUAACAGAGGACAGUGUUUUGCCAUAGUUCAAGGGAAUGCUUCGUUUAAUUUCAGGUGUCUCUCUGGGCAAAGAGAGGAGCCCUAGCUACUGUAAGAAAAUGCUCUGAACUGUUUCAGCCUUUAGAGUAAGGUGCUGUUUAUUACACACCCAGGAGAGGGAUUUACCAACCAGCUGACCUGUCGCUUUCCAGCCCCAGAGUCAGUGUGUGAAAUGAUCUUUUUAAGUUGUGUUCACAGUUUGGCUGACACCAUGUUAACAACAAUCCAGUUCAGAUCCGGUUGUGGCAGCACAGAUCCUAUAGUCACUGAAGUCAAUGGCAAAACUUCACUGACCUCAGUGGGAGCAGGGUUGAGCCCUGUCUUGUGGAAAAAUCAGGCUGCUGGUUUGAUUUUGCUGGAAGGCAUUAGUGUGUGUAUUGUAGAGUGAGCUGAUGGUGCCUCCUAAGGUUAUUGGGGCCAAGGCCUCAGCUGGUGCAAAUUGCCGUCACUCCAUUAAAGUCAAAGGAGCUCUGCAGAUUUACACCAGCCGAGACUCGAGCCCAGUGGUUCUCAAACUUUUGUCCUGGUGACCCCUUUCACAUAACAAGCCUCUGAGUGUGACCCUCCCUUAGAAAUGAAAAACACUUUUAAAUAUAUUUAAUACCGUUAUAAGUGCUGGCGGCAAAGCUGGGUUUGGGGCAGAGGCUGACAACUUGCGACCCCCCCCCCACCAUGUAAUAACCUCUCAGCCCCCUGAGGGGUCCCGACCCCCAGUUUGAGAACCCCUGAUCUAGCCCAGAGUUUAUUGGACAGACAGACAGACUCACAGACACGCAUAUGUCCCUGCAGCUCAGUCUUUAGCAGCUAUUUUGUUCCACAUCCCCCUCCCUAGGAUCUUAGCACCUCCAUCGCUUUACGUGAAUUGUCAACCCAGAUGCCACUGUGUUUAAUAAAUGGUCUGAUCCCAUUUGUGAGCCACUAGCUCCGUGUUAGAGCCGCAUUACUGUACAUGGACCUUCCUGCACAUGGAGCAUUGACUUUCCAGGGUAUUUGAGUUACUAGGUAGCAUGGCACUGGAUAACUUGCACCACUAAUGUCAAUGGGCCCUUCAUGGCAUGGAUAACGUACAGUGAUUCUGUGUUUAAAGGAUACCUCAGAAUAAGACUGGUGGUGGAGCGUGUCAUGUGACAGCAGCCCUGUCUGGACAGUGUCCCUAUGCAAUACCUUUACUAGAUAAAAAAAGAAAAGUGUAAUGUCCCAUUGAGUGAAUGGGACAAUUGCACCAUUGAUUUCAAUGGGGUUUAGUGAAGUUAGACUAGUAUUCAGUAGAAGGAUAUCGCAGAGUAAAGCAUAGAGUUGCUGGCAUGAAUUAGUGGUGAUUGCUUUGUUCUGUGAGUAGUUAUACGGUAGCCUGAAUAAAAGGAAAUUAAAAGCAAAGCAGAUGUGAUAGACUAACACGGAGUCUAACCUACGCCCACAGAAGUAAGCCAGUGAAGUGGCGAGGUCCUUCAUUCACCAUGCUGUGCCUAGAUUCCUGUCAGGACGGGGUUCUCAGAAGGCCCCUGUUACAAUAACAUCUGAGCGCUUUUUGUCCUUUCAAAUAUUUACUAAGAUUGGCCGCUUGCAUGGUCUGAUCUUGCUUCCGUUGGUGUCAAUGGCAAAACUCCCCCAGACCUCAGUGGGAGGUCUCAUGAGAUCAUCCUGUGCUCUGAGCCCCAGGGUCUGGGGUCAGGCCCCAAUUCAGCAAAGAACUUAGGCAUGUGCUUUGGCCCCACUGACUUCAAUGAGCCUUAAGAACAUGCUCCGAGUUAAGCAUCCAGCAUGAAUUGGGGACAUAAGGACGUUUCUGUAAGGAUGGAGUACAAGCCUUUGGCCAGAAUUUUCAAGUGGCUACUAAACUUGGGUGCCUCAAGACCCCCAGGACCUGAUUUCCAGAGGUGCCAAGCACCCACUGACUUCAGGACCAGCAUGGGGCACCCAAAAUUAGUGGGCCCUUUUGGAAACUUGGGCUUUAAAGCCCAAGACCCUCUUCGUGCUGCAGAUGACUCUGUGAUAGUUGUUAUCAUGACUGUAGACUUCAGCAGGCUGACAACCCUCCUUACUGCUGAAUUCUGUAUUAGACAUGCCACAUAAAGGGCUUUUAGGAGCAGCAGCAGUAAAUACAGUUGUAGUUAGCCUGGCUCUGAUCCUAGCAUGGAUAAGCAAUUACUUUUGGGGGUGUAGCUAAGACCCUUAAGAUACCAUUAUGAAUACAGUAGUGAGUAGCUCCAUUCACAGUGCUGGGCGGUUAUUAAUAGUACUUGCUGAGCACCGUCAGGAGCUGUACAAGCAUAGAUGAAGUUCCAGAACCUGCCCCAGGGAGUUUACAGUCUCAGUCCAACCCCGACACUAACCCUUCAGACGCUGGUGAUGUGUAGGCUGCAGGGGGGUCUUUACAGACAAGGAACCCCUGUGUUCCAUGUGCGCUGGGUCAUGCUGGAAAGGCCUCUCAGGAGAGAACUUUGGAGGUUGUAUAAUGUGCACAUUACAGAGAGAUGGGAAUUCAUUGGCUGCGAAGAGGGUGGCAUUGCAAACGAACGAUACGCAGGUACUGGGUGCAAAGGUGCACACCCCCACCAGACACAGGGCCGUCUGGGCAGUUCUCGUUCCCAACGCGCAUUUGCACGGCAUAAGCAGAGUUACUAAUCUCUCCUCGUCUAUUUUAUUCAUAAAAGGUGACAGCGCUGUAUUUGCAAGCUCCAUUUCCAUCUGGGACAAUUUUACACUGGGCAGUAAAGGGAAGACUUGAAGCUUCAUUUAUACUAUGUACCUAGGCCAUGCUGCUCUAGAAGGCAGCGAGUGCUGGUUUUGUAAGACUCAUGAAUUGAUUCUUUGUGUAUGCAGUGAAUAAAAGACCAUUCUACCUCCGGAAAGAGCCACUGUGAUUUCUGAGACUUUGGACUGAAUAGCAGAAUAUGGACCGGCGUGGGUAUAAAGGAAAAGGAGCUACACUCAAAGAAUAAAGUUCUCAUUAUAGAGAACAACCCAACAUCCUUCCCAGUUUUAUACUCAUGCAAAACUCCCUUAGGCCAAACCCUGAGGUUCUUGCUCUGGCCUCACUCACUCUUUACUCAGGCAAAAUGCCCACUGGCUUCCAUGAGAGUUUCAAAGACUUCAGGAUUUGGUCCGAAUGCAUUUGAGAUGGAAGAAGUCUUGGGCAGGAUUUCCAAAGGUGCUGAGCAUCCGCGACUCAAGUAAGAACUGCAGGGAACCCUUACAGUGCUGGAUCACACUUAGUCAAAUCCUAGCCAGUGCAUGGUAGAUAUGGGCCUGAGCUGCAAAGUUUGGGUCUGGAUCUGAAAUUUCCUGAAGUCCAGAGGAGUCUGGAUCUGGAGUUCUGGUUUUGACCCGUCUCUACCUUCUACUAACCUGUCCCAUGCAGUUUGAAAUGUUUCAUCUGAAGGGAAUUCCAUCAUUGCUCUUAGGGACCAUUCUCCAGUCUAAUCCAGGAGGCCUCAGUAUUAAGAAACCUUUCCUGAUAUCCAGCCCAAAUGUACCAUGUCUUAAUUUCAUCCCACCACUCCCAGUUCCAGUGCAUUGAGGUGUACUAGUAAUGGAAGGGAGCAGGCAAGUCAGUGAAUCAUCUGCUGGUACAGUGUUCGUGUGGCUGGAUGAAUGGUUGGACAGUCAGUCCAAAACCAGGGUCUUUGCUGUUCUGGAAACGCCAAGCUCCUUUGGUACGGGCUGCUGUUCAAACCCUGUACAAGCUACUUGCAUGGUUGUGUUUGACCCAGGGAUAGUGUGGGCAUUGGCUGGUGCUACGGUGAGACCGUCAGCCUGCAAGAGACUAGGGUAGCCCUGUGGUGAUGUUGCUGAGGAUGGUGGUGACAAGGUGCUGCUAACCAUGUGUAGCGGAAAUCUCAAAGAUGGGAGGGCCAACACAUCUCCAAGAGAGGCUUUCCCUGCCUCCUUCAGUGGCUGAACAUGGGAAGAAAAGCAGCUCUCACACCCUCUUUGUUAGAACAAUCCCUGGAGGGGGAAGGACCUGUCUGUAGCUACAGCAAAAGUAUUGUCUGCACCUAAUGUGUCUCCCUACAGUGGGGCAGCUGCACUAGCAUUGUUUGUUUCUAUUCCCUUUCUUUGUUCUGUUCUAAGGAUCCUUUCUGUGUGGACUGAAUUUGGUCUCACUCCUGUUUAUUAGGCAUCUGGUGUAAUGUGCAGUUUUAGCAAUAAAAUGUGGCAGCUUUUUAUAUGAAAAACUCUCUCUCCCUCUUGCUGCCUUUUUUGAAAUCACUGUUCAUGUAAAAUUCCAAGUGAUGCUGCACAAAAGAACAGACAUUUCCCAGGUGCAUAUCUGGGAACUGUGCAUUGGGAGGGGUCAUUAGGACAGGCACAGUCUCCCUCAGUGCAGGGCACUGCCCUGGAGCGUCAGAGCCUUUCCUUAAAAAUCAACGUGAUGUCUCUUGCCCCAUGAUCAUGGGAGUCAAAACCACUUUAUUGUUGCAACGGCACAAAGGGCCUUUGCCAACCCACCCUGGGCAGUGGCCAGCAAUGUAAGCUCUUGA